AGGCGUGCUUGAAUUUGAAGAUUUUAUUUCCCCCCUCACGAUUUUAUUUUCUACUCCUAGUUCUUGUACAAAUUUGACAUCCUCCUGGCAUAGACAAAAUGAAAAUUACUACCGUAGUCUACGGGUCUAAGGUUGUGGUUCAACUUGGAAUACUACUACACAACUAGAAUGACAGAAGUACUACAACGAACUGGUCUUGUCCGGUAGUAGUUCUUGUUGUAGUCACUCUUCUUAUAGUCUAUAAUCUUGUGGUUCGCAGAUUGUGAAACACAAACAAGAUGGCGGACUACAACUACGAUCAGUCCGGCGCCCCUCUCUCGUCGACCUUCAUCGCCGGUGGGGAUGCAGCUGCGGCCUCCUCGACAUUCGUGGCAGGCGGCGCCGAAAGUGUGGCCAUGAGUGGUGCUCCUGGGUCAUCGACCUUUUUGCCCUCCGGUCAGAUCGAAAGUAUGCAGCUGCAGUCCACUUUCAUCCAGGGUCAGGGAGGAGGCGGUGGAGUGACCGUGAUGACCCUUCCCGGAGGACAUGACCCUGACGAUGACGACGAUGGCACGAUUUUAUCCGUGCCAGGAUGGCUAUUCUGGUCCGUGCUGGGGCUGAUGUCGCUGGCGAUCAUCGUGGUGAUAACCAUGCUUUCCAUCGAAUGCUGCGGAUCGAAUCUGCCGGGAAAAACUGUCAGGCUCGCAGGGGAGCGCGAGGGGAUUACGGAUGAUGGAUCGGGCAGAGUACGAAAAGCAGCAGAAGCAGCAGAAGGCCCCGGCGGAGGUGGAGCAGGUGCACCGUUAGGACCUGGAGGUGGAGGAGCAAUUCCACCUCCUCCACAACUCGACGAGAAAGUGAAGGAGGAAAUCAGUCAGAAGUGCGGCGCAGAAGGUUAAGGCUCAGAUGACUGUUUUUUGUGACCAUCAUCAAAGCUGCUGCGGAUAAAAGGCUACUCCUCCUCUGGCUCUACACUAGACUUGCAGCUUCUUUUAUUCACAAGAGAAGAAUAUCAAGACUUCCUCGAAAACUGAAAAUAGCCGAGUUACUGACUGAAAUAAGGGAGGCAACUUAACGUCAAGGCUACUCUUCCUAAGCAGUUGCUCAAUGAACUAUGCUUCAAGCUCCUCUAAGAAGCCGUCAGCAAGUGGGGCGUCGUCAAGGACAACAUGAAGCCACUGCUAAAGGACGAGAUGACCCUGAUUGAGAAGUAUGCGAUGGCCUUCGUCGUCGCAGAAGCAUGCUUCGGCCAGAACGCGUUGGGGGCAGCGAAGGGAACUAAGGACGACCUUGUCGAGCUCCUAAGAAAUGUUCCCGAGGGCGUGGAGGACGAUGCCUUCAUCGAAUCACUUUUCUUAAGGCCGCAUGAUGACGAAUGAUGAUGAUGCCCUAUUUCAUUGAUGCCCUUGUUAUCAUGUUGAACGGACAAAUUCAAGUAAAUAUUUUGAAUUUCCAGCUUUCGGGAAUUGGAUCCUGAUCCAUCUGCUUCGAGGCUAUGAGCACCAGCGCUAAUUUUUCCUCCUGUGACAGGUGCUGUGAACUUCGGUGCAGAGUUAGUGAACCAAGCAUGGGAAGUAGUCGAGAGCCUCCGGAAGGUAGAAGGAGAGGGGAACAAACUAGCAGAUGAUCCAGGCGUGAAAAAAGCUAUCAAGGAUCUAGCGGAUGCAUUGGAGAGCACUCCGGCUCCACCUC